GCUAAAAUAAAAAAUUUCAUGCAUAGCUUGAUGUGGUGGAAAAUAGCAACAGCGGGGUUUGUUUGAGAGCUCCCGACCGGGUAGAGAGCAUCGAGUCCUCUACUCGCCUCAACAGGACUCGUGAAGGUGUGGGUGGAUCAGGGAAGAUAUGAAGUGGCUGUUGUCCCCUCCGACCGCUGUGUUGAUAAGUUGACGGUCGCAGUACGAAUCACCCGAUGGACGAAUCGAAUGGAGCUCGAGCAGUGCGCUGCGCUGUGUGCGCUGUCGUAUUCGCCUGUAUGAUUGCAGCCGUGUCGUCGACUCCGCUACCGUCAGGGAGCAGCGCUGCUUCAUCGGUUUCUCCCCCGAGCCAGAGUUCUAGCGGUGGAAAAACCAAGGCGGCUCCAGCACCCACAAUGGCUAGCAAUCCUGGACCAGAUCCUAACGGUGGCGGAGAUGACGAUGGUGAUGAUGAAGAUGGUGACCAUGAAGACAGGCCACCGCCUACCUUUCCUGCAUACACCGGAUUUCCCCGCAGGAACUGGACAGUAUGCUCAUCUGCCGGAAUACUAACGUUGAAAGACUUGCAGCUGUUUCAGUACUUUGCCUGCGAGAUCAUCAACGGCAGCCUGAUUCUGGAGAUCUCCGACUCUAACAUCACGUCAGUGUACGAUAUACAAUUGCCGGCGCUGUUGCACGUUACGGCGCAGCUGUCGGUUUCUCUGCCGCCCGGGUGGUCAGUCCGCGACCUACUUCCUAAUCUCGUCGCUGUACACGGCUUGCCGAACUCCGUGCAGUUUCUUGCCGCAUUCGAGCUGUUCCUGCGUAUCCCGUACGAGGAUUCGGCCAACAUCACGGCGUUCGUGAGUCGCGGGGCGUUCAGCAACGACACGGACGGCAUAGCGUUCCUGCGCGGUCGCGUGGCUUACUACACGCAGGGCAGGACAGUGUAUGCACGUCCACCGUCCGCUGUCACUCCAGUGCCGUGCAGCCCCGAGGCUGGCAGCCUACCGGGUGUUAGCGGUGGAGUGUUCGUGGAUGGGCAGCCGGUCAGCCUAGGCAACGCCACCCAUAUGUGCUGCAAACCCACGUACGACAAGAAGUACCUAUGUCCUUACCUUGUCAACCUGGCCUGCCUCACCAAUGCCCGCGAAGCAUCACUGGGGAACCGAACGGAGGCCGACAUAGUCACGCAGCAAAAGAAGGAGAACACGAAGAACAUCACGAUUUCAAACUCGGAUCAGGCUAUCGUCUGUAAAUACUAUGCGGGACCCGGUCUGGACCAAUGUGUCAAUACGUGUCCUACAGACACGGCACUGUUUGCAGAUGCAGUGUGUCUGCGCCGUUGCCCCACCAUUCGGGUACCUGAUGCUCGAUUGCUGAAGAUUACCUUAGAGCCCUACUACUCUGUGUACAACGCUACUAGCAAACAGUACGUGUGUGAACGCACCUGCCCGCCGUUCCAGCAAGCCGACCCGGCAACCUCGUCGUGUCAGAAGUGCGUCAUCGACGAAGACCAGUAUGGUGUUCCGUGCAGGCGAGAGUGCAAUGGUGUGGUGGUGAAGUCGCUGACACAGCUGUGUAGCUUUGUCGGCUGUACGGACGUACGCGGCGACCUCUUCCUGUCCAUCAACAACCCAGGUCUCAUUCCUCAAUGCCUGCACCAGGAGGCAGGCAUCACAACUCUGGACUCAGCCAUGGACAAGGCUCUGGGAAGCGUCAAGCGCAUCUUCGGCCUGCUGCUGAUAUUCGGCAACUUGUGCAUGACAAAUCUGAACUUCUUCCGCAACCUGGAGGCUGUGCUGGUCCGUAAGAGUAUUGCCGAAAACUAUCGUAUUCUGAUCAAGGACAAUCCGGUUCUGACUGACGUCUCUGGUCUUACCCAACUGGGACAGAUUGGACCACACGAAUUGGACAUACAACUUGCCCAUGCAGUCACGGCUAAUUUCCGCAUCGAUGGCAACGCAUUCCUGUGCAAUGCACAGAUCGAUCGACUGUACGAGCAGCUGCUCGGAGAGUAUUACAUCAACAUGGGAACGAGACCCCACUUUCACCAUCCGUACGCCAAUGCUGACCAACUGAAUUGUCCGGUGACACGAUUUCAGAUCAGGGCCGUCGGUGUGAUUGAAGAUUCCAUCACGAUAUCAUGGGACCCACCCGUGCCGCGCGGGACAGACAAACUCCUCAAACUCUACCUCUUCUACGUUGAGACAAGGAACAGUAUCGACCCUCACCUGCGUGACGUCAUCAAGCUAAGCGGAAACACAACAGACUUCUCUUGUGCAGCACGACUUGAGCCCUGGUCUGUGAUCUCAUUACCAGCGAACAUUACUAGUUACACAGUCCGGAAUCUACACUUCUGCUCCGAGUACGCCUUUGCCAUCGAUGCGUUCUUCAACCGCACCACCGGAUCCCCGCCAACGUCGAACCUGGUCAUCGGCAACACCUCCAACAUCGUCCUGGGACGGCCAAAGAAUCCGAGUUCUCCACCCGGGCCGGGAUUGUUGCGUAUAACGUCGGCGGAUGCGGAGUCAAUCUCCUUGACGUGGAAAGAGCCCAACCUGCAGUGCCAGGAGUUCGGCGUACCGUUCACGUACCGCGUCUACUGGGCCAUAAUCACCAUCUACCCGCCCGUGACAAGCUUGACGCUGGAAGCGUGCGGAGCGCUGUGUGCGUGCGCCGAUCAUAGCUUCCUGGAUCCGUCCACUACGGCCGGUCAGCUGAUGGAGCAGGUGCAGCGUCAGUACCGCGGGCGAUUUGUCGUGACGGCGCGCGACUCUCCCAAAGCCUCGCUGAGCCCACCGCCUGCCGUUCCUAACCUGAUCACGCCGGCAGGGUGCAAUAGCACAGAGUCGUCAACGUGCUGUCCAGAAGGUCUGUUCAUACAUGUCGAGGACUUGAACAGGGUCAACCAGGGCGAGGGCCUGUUCAAUUUGCAGCACAGUAAACUAACCCAACAGCGCAACUUCACCAUCAAGCGUAAUAUCACCAGCCGACUAUCGACGUACAUAUUCGCGGUUCAAGUUUACCAUGGCAAACCGACUGACACCUACACCCUAAGUACCAACCAGUGGGCCUUGGCCGCCAAUGUAACUGAGAAUACAAUCGCCGAUACAAUCCCAGAUUUCAAGGUAAACCGUACGGUAUUCGGAGAGAGCAGUGAUGUAGAGCUGAGCUGGACAGAUCCACCGCCCAGUGACAGCCCAGUGAUACGCUAUCAAGUGCUGAUGACGGCACGUGUGAAGUCGUUUGGCAAGAACACAAGUCAGGUUGAAGAAUACCUGGGAACGGAGAUUGUGCAGUGUCUGAUGGAGUACUGCGCUGGAUUUACUGGCAAUGGCUGUGUCAACAUCACCAUGGAAACAGAGGGUGGGACUGUUCCCGUGGCCGUGGCCGUCACUCUGCACCCGGCGCUCAUCGCGGCGGAGGGGUCGAGGUCGACGGUGACACUGCGUCGAGUGUCUUGUCUGAAUCCGCACUACACGGAUUCGGUGCGCGACGUUAUUGUACAUAUUCGCAGUAUCACAGUGAGUGGCUGUGGACCUUGGUCAGAUCUCGGAUCCAUCAUUGUUCAGGGUCUGGAGGCGGAGGGCACACCAGCCACGAAUGCCGACGGGGCAAGCCCUCUCGGUGCUGGAGAGUACACUGCUAUUGCGGUUCCCAUCUCCCUGCUUGUCAUCCUAUGCCUGGUGCUGUAUGCCAUCAAACUGAGACGCUCCAAGGCAAAGAGCUUGCGGGAAGCUGACGAAAUCCGUGAGAUGUUGGAUCGCGUCACACAGUCCGACCCGGGUUCAUCCAAGGGCUACUUCAUGUUGGAGAACGGAGGGUACAGUGAGUUUAAAGUUGAAAUUGACCCAGAUGAGUGGGAGGUUGGCUUAGAACAUCUGACACUUCUCGGUGAACUGGGACAUGGGAACUUUGGUACAGUGUACGAAGGCAGACUAAAGCGCCUCACCGACGACGACAAAGAGGAAGAAAUUUCAGUGGCAGUCAAGACGGUGAAGGAAGGGUCGUCAAUGGAAGCAACAAAGGAAUUCCUGGAAGAGGCAUGCGUUAUGAAGAAAAUAACUUGUCCCCACCUUGUCAACCUGGUUGGCUUGGUAACGCAAGGUGAAGCCUAUGCCAUCAUGGAGUUCAUGCCACACGGUGAUUUGAAACACUACCUGAGAGACAUACGACCUGAGAAGCAAGAGGCGAAGGGCUUUGAGCGGAUGGUACCGUCAGCGUCUUUAUUCCACAGCUGGGCAUCGCAUGUAGCCCAGGGUAUGGACUACUUGUCAGGCAGGAAGUUGGUUCAUAGAGAUCUUGCUGCUCGAAACAUCAUGAUCGACGCCAAAUAUGUCUUGCGUGUCGGCGAUUUUGGUCUGGCUCGUGACGUGUACAGCACCGACUACUACAGACGUGAAUCAAGGACUCCCUUGCCACUGCGCUGGUUAGCACCGGAGUCGAUACGCGAUGGAGUGUUCAGCACUGCCAGUGAUGUGUGGGCAUACGGUGUAGUGCUGUAUGAAAUGGCCACACUCGCAGAGCAACCUUACGUUGGUCAAAGCAACGAGGAAGUUGUCAGGCUGCUGAUCCAUGGCGGGUGCAUGGACGUACCAAUACCAGCACUUCCCUUCCCAAAUGAUGUCUUACGCGUGAUGGUGUCCUGCUGGAAGCACCACCCUGCCGACCGUCCAAGUUUUGGGGAGCUCGCACAGCAUCUCAGCGAAGACGAGCAUUGUAUGUAAAAUUAAUGAGAGAGACAGAGAGGGAGAUCCUAUUGCCCCUGGAUGAGUCAGCGGUCGCUUAUCACUGUGUGAUAUGAAACUAACUUUAGCAUUCAUUCUAGCAUAUUACUAUGAAACUAACUUUAGCAUUCAUUCUAGCAUACUGGCCCUUGACAAGAAAAAGAAUAUUUCUUCUUGAGAUUUGCAUACCAUUAUAUCAAGAAAAUAAUAAUAUUAUAUGGAAAGAGUUACAUUAGGAUAAUAUUUUCUAUUUUCAGCUAUUCUCUGUUUUUGUGUUACAAUAGAAACUGUUAAUUAAUCCUCUCGUUUCAAACAUAGCUGGAUUUAGCUGGAUUUCGCUGGAUUCAUCGUUUUCUUUUACCAACAGUGUAUGAAGCUAUUGAUUUACAAUUCUGUGCACGAAGCUCAACAUUAUGGCAGAAUUAAUGUGUAGAUA